UAUUGUCACACCUGAUCAUGUGACGCCCGAUAACACUUCUCUUGGCUUGAGAAACGUUCACUUUCUUAACUUUCUUGUGUUUACUAUCUGAUGUCUAUCAUGCAAACUACAGCCUAUAUCCGGGACAAUUGUGGAUGUGACCAAUGGGUCUUGGAAAGUUGUUGCGGGUGUCGCAGAAACAGCUUCCUCUCUCGAUCCUUCUCGAGUACAAGAAGCAACAGAACGCGCUUCUCUUUGAGUCCGACAUCGUGGCCGUUCUCUCCCAACACGAAGCGGACAACAUACGCAAGCAAUAUGUGAAGAGUGUUGAUGCCUACAGCUGUUUGGGCGUACUGAGAGUGAAACAAGAAUUUGGGGUCGGUCUGUAUCUCAUCUUGGUUACUGGAUGUGAGUUUGUUGGUCGAAUCCAGAACUCAGAGAUUUAUCGUGUAACUGCUGUAACUCACAUUCAUCUCAACAAGCUCGCAUUCGAAGAUUCUCUGACUGAUGUUCGGAGGCUUUUAAGCUCGGGGACGUUUUACUUCUCGAGGCACUCGGAUGGAUGCAGCAGAGCAAUUGAAUUGACUCAAUCAAUGCAGUCGCAACUGGCGGCCGUAAUGCCUGAUGAUAAGUUUCUAUGGAACAAGGGCCUUUUUGGUCAUUUGGAAAGGUUCGGAGUCGACUGUUCAUCUUGGACUGUCAACAUCAUAUGCGGCAGUGUGGACAUAAAAACCGUCUACGCGGGCGAAAAAACCACCAAAUUUGUCGUUUUAUCUCGUCUGAGUUGCGAAAGGGCGGGCACAAGGUUCAACACUCGAGGUGUGGACGAUGACGGCAACGUUGCCAACUUUGUGGAAAGCGAACAAAUUAUAUUGACGGAUGAUGGUGUUACGUCUUUCAUACAACUCAGAGGGACGGUGCCACUGUUUUGGGAACAACCAGGAUUUCAGACUGGAUCUCAUAAAAUCAAAAUGUCACGUGGCUAUGAAGCGUCUGCCCCAGCCUUUGAACGACACUUCACUGAGCUGUUGACUCGUUAUGGUCCUCAACUGAUUAUCAAUUUGCUUGGCCUAAAGGAAGGCGAGUCGAUGCUUUCGUCAUCAUAUGUGGACCACUUGAAACAUUCCCGGUACAGUAAUAGUGAUGAUAUUCACUUUAUAUCGUUCGAUUAUCAUCAACAGAAGGGCAAGAAGGAGAAGAUGAAUGAACUGAUUUCGACUUGUAAAGCAUAUAUGUUGGGGUUUGGGUACUACCAUGAAGAAAGUGGAGCUGUCAUGAGCACUCAGGUUGGCACUGUUCGUGUCAACUGCAUGGAUUGCAUUGAUAGAACAAACGCCAUACAAACCAUUCUAGCUCAAGGGAUGCUACCAGCACAGUUGAAAGUACUUGGUCUGUCAGACAAACCCAACAUCAUGGCUCGCUUCGACGAGUGUUUGAAGACUUUGUGGUCGAGCAAUGGAGAUCACAUCAGCAAGAUCUAUGCUGGAACAGGAGCUCUUGAUGGACGCACUAAGGUUGGGAAGCUAGUGGAUGGGGCGAAGUCUGUCAGUCGUACGAUUCAGAAUAAUUUUAUGGACAACACGAAGCAGGAGGCGAUUGAUGUUUUAUUACAAGGGAAUGUGUAUGCUGGAUAUCCGGGAUGGAGGUCGAGAGCACUGCUGCCUUUCAGUAGUGUUACAUCAUCACCAGGCCUUGUACAAGAGCUGUGCGCUCGAUACAAAGACUACACCACCACGUCAUCCCUCCGAGUCUCCGUCGGCACGUGGAACGUCAACGGCGGUCGUCACUUUCGUAGCAUCGCAUUCAAGCAUCAAUCAAUGCACGACUGGCUCCUAGACGCACCAAAACUCAAACCCCUCGAAUCAAAUCAAGCACUAAAGCUCAUUCCACUCUCAAUCGAAACGAAGAACAUUUCUGAAGACGAAUGUGUUCCAUCCAGGCCACCCUUGCCUGGUCUAACAACCCAAAGGCAAAUCUUGCGAUCAAAAUCAUCCGAUUCGGUCUCACUCGCCGUAUCUACUCAACCUGUUGCUCACACGGCGGCGAUUGAGGCUGCGGAUUUGUCACAGUCGGUUGACGUGUUUGCGAUCGGUUUUCAGGAGCUCGUCAAUUUGAGUACGAGUAAUAUUAUAUCGGCGAGUUCAACAAACAAGAAGGAAUGGGGAGCUGAACUGGAGCGGGUGUUGUCGCGGGAUGAAACGUAUGUGCUGCUGACUGCGGAACAACUCGUCGGCGUGUGUCUCUACAUAUUCGUUCGACCGAGUUUGCUGCCGUAUAUCAGAGAUGUUGGUGUGGCGACGGUCAAGACUGGGUUGUCAGGAGCAGCUGGAAACAAGGGAGCUGUUGCUAUACGAUUUCUCGUUCAUGCCUCGUCUGUGUGCUUUAUUUGUGGGCAUCUGGCUGCUGGUCAGUCGAAUGUGAAGGACAGGAAUCAAGACUUUGCUGAUAUCAGCAAGCGACUUGCGUUUGCAAGAGGCUAUACUGCUGAUUGCCAUGAUUAUGUAUUCUGGUGUGGUGAUUUCAAUUAUCGUAUUGACAUGCCUCUCAGUGACGUAAAAGACCUUGUCAAAGACGAGAACUGGAAGAUUCUUCAAGCGUAUGAUCAGCUAAAUGUGGAGAGGAAGAAAGGAGCAGUGUUCCAGGGCUUCACAGAAGGUCUCACCAACUUUCCUCCAACCUACAAAUACGAUGCAUUCUCAGACGACUACGACACCAGCGAGAAGCUUCGCACUCCUGCAUGGACCGACCGUAUCUUAUGGAAACGAUUCUAUCACAGUCAACAAGCAGUAAUCGAGCAAGUGGAAGAGGACGUAGCUCGUAUUGCAGCAGCCGUCGUACGGAUGAGUAGAGUUGAUGCUGGGCAGGGGGCAGCUACGGAGGCUGAUGAAUGGUCCGCAAAAGUUGAAGAGUCGAGAAGUGUCAAGGCCGCACGAAAUGAUGGGGAAGAGGUAGAGUGUUGGUGUCCAGGAAAGCUGCUUUAUUACAAUCGUGGUGAGUUAAAGACGUCGGAUCACAGACCUGUGGUUGCUAUUAUUGAAAUUGAAAUUGAACAAGUCGACUCCGUAAAGAGGCAAUUAGUUAGUGAUGAAGUUAGUCUGAUGAUGGGGCCUUCAGACCCUACGAUUGUUAUACAAGGACAGAAUGAUAAGUUGGAUGAAGACGAGUCUUUGGAUCCUGUUGUGUUGAUGGCGAUGUUUCAGAGUUUUGGUGAGGUUCUGAUGAUGAGGCUGCUUGAGAGCAAGAUACUUAUUACGUUUAAAGAUGCUCGGUCUGCAGUCGCUUCAUUGGAAUUAGAUGGAAAAGAGGUUGAAGGUGUUGUCAUCUCUGUCACUCUAAAGUGCACUUGGCCACAGUCAACAUCAAUCAACACAUCCAGCAUCACAACCCACAGCCCCUCACCUGAUCAUCAUGUGCCAUCACGUCUCACCGUUCUCACAUCAGAGCACAUCCAGCAAUUUCGCUCAAGCCCUCACACAUCACCAUUUCCGUCACCCUCUCAAUCGCCCUCAUUGUCUCCCAUUCCAGUCAGGAAGCAACAUCCAGCAAAGCAAACUCCAGGCAAGAGCUCACCUCUAAUGGACAGCACACCCACUUCAGAGAGGAUGGAGAUUCCACACAAAAUUGAAAACGAAAUGUUGGACACAGAACCCGGUGUUCGAAUCGAAAUUACAGAAGCUGAUAACGAAGAGAGUGAAGAAGAAACAGGUCGGCAAUCACAACAGCAGGAGGUGGAAACACCGUUGUUUGAUUUAUCCAGUGACGAAGAGCCAGUGUUGAGCAAAAAGGACGAAUCUGUUGAAGAGAUAUUACAAGAGGUUGAAGCCGACUUGUCAAGAGACUCCACAGAGUUUGAUGGUGAGGCAGUCGAAUUGGAUCGAAUCAUUGAAGAAGGGAGACGAGCUAUGAAGGAGUGCUUAGCACGUUCAUCGGUUAAAGGCAAGAAACCGGCGAGACCAGCAAGACCACCACAGCCUAAACCAGCAGUUACUGUUGAGGUGCCGGUGGUGGUCAGAGAGGUGUCUCCUGUAACAUCAAGUAAACCACCGAAACCAGUGGCAACAUUGCCUUCAGUGAAACGUGAAACAAAAGCACAAAUGGCGACCGUCUCUCGUCCUGCAACCAAACCAGCUAGACCUGAGCCGUUUCGAUCUAAAACUCCUCCUGCUAGACCAGCUCCACCUGGUCGGCCAAAACCAGUCAGACCAGAACAGGUGCUGUCGUCUAGUCUUGGCAAAGUGAAACCCCAGAAGUCGCCAUCACCAACAGGAGACGUCUCAAUGGCACUGGCUACAGGUGGCAAACCGGAUAGCCAACCAGAGAGUAAUGAUGCAGGACUUCAUGGAUCUGCCAAUGGGCAAUCAGCAAUCUUGUCAACCAAUUUGGAUAGCAAGAAAGACAACAAUGUGGUACCUCACGUGGUCGAGACAAUCGGUAGUGAGGAUGUAGACGGCAGCCUCAAGUCCGAGAGGAGAAACACGGGUAACACCAACGUUGUGAUGGCAGCAGGACCGAAGAAAGCACCCAAGCAGCCAAGGCCUUAUUCUCCAAAACCAUUACGACCCAGUAGACCUCCAUUGAUUAAAUCUAAAUCGAGCCCAAUAGCAAGUGAUAAUGCAACAACAACAGAGCAAGGAGUGGCAGCUACACAAGCACCCAAGCUUGUGGAAAAGAAAACGCAUUUGAAUGAAAAUACAGAGACUGAAGUAACGGCAGUUGAGAAUUCUGUGGAAGUCGAUGGUACUGGUGUCCAUAGGGAUCAUGUUGAUCUCAAUGUGGGUGAAUGUUUGAGUACAGGAGGUGAGAGUAGUAGCCAAAAUGACAUCACGUUGCCAGUGAGUGUUACACACGUUGAGACGUCGGAGGAAAGCGGAGGCAAGAAGGAGAUCAACGAGGCAGCAGAAUUGAUCGAACAAUUGAACGACGUUUGUACUGCUCCUAUUGAGAGAGAAAGAAUGCGAGGAAACGUCGAGUUAAGAGCAGAAACGCUCAAUGUAGACGAAUCACAUGAGACGAAAGACGUCAGGAAAAGCGACGAACAUCAAGAAGAGAAGAAACGAGAUAGCUCACUGGAUAUCUCACCCAACGACAUCGCAGAUCACGAAACUCGGAAAGUAGCCACACAACAACGUCCACUACCACCCAUUAGAGGCCCAUACUCAUCUGCAGCCAUUACAAAGCAUCAGCAACUGAAAAGCAGUGCAGAUGCAUCAUCACUCUCAGUGAGAGAACACAGUCAGUCUGACGCCAAAGUGCUGCCCGGGAAGUCAACAUCCCGACCAUCAUCAGACAAAGUAGCAGAGAAACUGAGACCUCCGAGGCCACCAGCACCGUGGACAAAGAAAAAAUAAGGGUUGGACUGUUUGGUGAGUUUGUAUUUGAAUUACUUAAUGUGAUAUUUCGUUACAUACGAGUAUAAGUCUACUGUGUUAUUGAGGAGGACAGUUUUGUAUUACCGAGCCGUCUGGACGGUUUAGUUUUAAAAUGAAGGCCCAAUGUAUUGGCAAUUGAAUGUA